AUGGGAUUAUUAUUAGCUAAUAAUGUCCCACUAAUUUUGUUCUUGGGUUUUCUUAUUAUUUUCACCAAAACAGAAUGCACUGCUGUUAGCGAGGUGGAAUCAGGCUUGGUGGAGAGAUGCAUGUACAUUAUCCACAUGGACAGAUCUGUGAUGCCCAAACCCUUUGUCAGCCCGACUGAGUGGUAUGCGUCAGUCCUCAAGUCUGUGAGUCGAGAAAAAACAGUAGGAGAGGAGACGAGUAUUCUGUACGCUUACGACCACGCCCUUCACGGGUUCAGCGCGCUGUUGUCUGAUGACGAGCUCGAAGCCCUCAAAAAAUCCAGCGCAUUCAUCUCCGCGUACCGCGACGCGAGCGUCACGCUCGACACGACUCACACGUUCAAGUUCCUGUCUCUGAACAACUCGACGGGACUAUGGCCAGCCUCGGACUAUGGUCGAGAUGUGAUUGUCGGGGUUAUCGACACGGGCGUGUGGCCCGAGAGCCUGAGCUUCAGGGACGAGGGUAUGACGGAGAUUCCGAGCAGGUGGAGAGGGAUAUGCGAGGCUGGACAGGAAUUCAAUUCCUCUAUGUGUAACAAGAAAUUGAUUGGGGUUAGGUACUUCAAUAAGGGUCUUAUGGCGAGUCUGGAGCCCGGGACAUCCCUCAGCAUGAACUCGGGGAGGGAUACAGAUGGUCACGGUACGCACACCUCGUCCACUGCCUGUGGGAAUUACGUCCCGGGAACUUCCUUCUUUGGGUAUGCAAAGGGCACAAUGAGAGGAAUUGCGCCUCGUGCUCGAGUGGCCAUGUACAAGGUGGUAUGGGAGGAGGGAGGCUACGCCUCAGAUGUGCUCGCUGGGAUGGACCAGGCUUUGGCGGACGGGGUGGAUGUGAUUUCUAUCUCCAUGGGGUCUGAUCCCUUACCCUUGUACGAGGACCCAAUUGCCAUAGCAUCAUUCGCUGCGAUGGAGAGAGGAGUUGUGGUGUCUGCCUCGGCUGGAAACAAUGGUCAUGUCGGGAGUCUACACAAUGGGUUCCCGUGGCUGUUGACUGUUGCGGCUGGGUCGGUCGACCGUUUGUUUUCGGGUAUCUUGCGUUUGGGAAAUGGGGUGACCAUCCAGGGUCGGUCCCUAUUUCCGGCCCCUGCCCUCGUCAGAGAUUUGCCUCUCUUCUACAGCACCACCUUCUCGUCCUGCAACUCCACCGACGCACUAUCCGCGGCACGUGACGGUAUAGUCGUGUGCGAUGAUAUUGAUUUCGAUGUCUUAAGCCAGAUGUACUUUAUCUCGGAAUCGGGUGCCCGCGCGGGUAUCUACAUCUCGGGCGAAACCGCAGUCCUACAAGAGAUGAGUGGUAUGAGGUAUCCCGGCGUGGUGGUCAGCCCCGACGACGGUCGGACCGUGAUAGAGUACGCCAAGAGAAGUGCGCGGCCGAGCGCGAGCAUCCUAUUCCAGCAGACGCUGGUCGAGACGAGGCCGGCCCCCAUGGUGGCAUCGUACACGUCCAGGGGCCCUUCCUGGAGCUGCCCGGGCAUCCUGAAACCGGACAUCAUGGCCCCGGGGACCCUCGUGCUGGCCUCAUGGAAUCCAAAUGUGGCGACGGCUUCCAUCGGGAGGAGCAUUGAUUUGAGCAGCAAUUUCGCGCUUGUCUACGGCACGUCCAUGUCCUGCCCCCACAUUUCCGGGAUUGCGGCGCUCUUGAGAGGCGCGCACCCGGAGUGGAGCCCGGGGGCAAUACGCUCUGCCAUCAUGACUACGGCCAACCCUCUCGACAACACCGGGAGCAGAAUCCGGGACGUGAGUUCCGGUGACUAUGCCGACCCACUAGCCAUGGGGGCCGGGCAGGUGGACCCAAAUCGAGCGCUCGACCCAGGACUGGUUUACGACUUAUCCCGGCAGGAGUAUGUUAGUUACCUCUGCUCUAUGAAUCUCACCAGGAUGCAAAUUAGGACCAUUGUCGGAUCCGACUACAACUGCUCAAUCCCAUCGUCCGACCUCAACUACCCGUCCUUCAUUGCUCUUUAUCCUUCUAACCGCCCAAGCAUCUACCCGGGCAAGAUGCUGACUAAGGAAUUUCAAAGGACGGUUACGUACGUGGGCGAUGGUAACAACCCAGCCGUAUACUAUGUCAAAGUAGAUGCUCCCAAUGAUACUGAGAUUCAUGUUUGGCCUCGGAGGUUGAUAUUCAACAGCAAAUAUGACAGGGGAAGCUAUAAUUUAACCAUUCACUACAAAGUACCAACUACAGCUCAUGUCUUACACGGUUCCCUCACCUGGAUACAUGAGGGUGGCAAGCACACAGUCAGAAGUCCUAUUGUGAUUUCUCAAGUGCUUCAUCCUCUGUGA